ACGCCCCCGACCCGCCAUUAAAUGCCUCUUCCACCUACCGCCCCUCCGCGCCGCUAUAAAACCCAGCCUUGUCGCCGCACUUGUCCUCCUCUCGCCCUCAGAUCGACCUCUCUUGCCCUCACUUUCUCCGUCGAUGGCUUGCCCGAACCUGACGAUCGACGGGGCGGACGAGCUGGCGCACUUCGGCAUCCCCGUCACGUCGGACGUGCGGUUGCCAUCGCGGUGGCGACUGAGCGCGGCGGGGGUGCCUGUGCUGCCGCUGCCGGAUGUCUGCUCGCACCUCUUCAUGCGCGCCGUCAGGCUCUACCGGGCGCGGCUGCCGGUGGAUAUGUCAGGCCCUGAACCUCGCGCAUACUGAAGAACAAGCACCAGAUCAAGUUCAGACAAGCAACGGCUAGGAUGAAGCGAUGACGUUUCGGAGAAAUCAAUGGCUCGGAUGAAUCCUCGCCUUUUACCAGUAGUUUUAAACUCUGUACUGCUUUGUAACCGUUUAACGACAGUAACAGAAAGUUACAGCGAGGAGCUGGACUAGUAUAAGAGAACCAGGUCGCGUGAGGGAGAGGCUAAGAUGUAAUUCCCCAUUUCUAGUCAAGAUAGAACCCUAGCUAUGUACGGCAAGACGGGGUAUCUCCCCUCUUGAUCUACCUCUUGUAUCCAAAUUCCUCCAUGAAAUCCAACUUAAUAUCCUGAAUCCUCAUAUCUCCUGCGUUCUGGUAGUUCAAUCAUCACAAAGGUAUCCAGAGCCAUUCGAAUUCUCGGCGACGGCGACGUUGCGGCGGCGAAUCAAGCAGAGAAGGACAAGGGGUUGGGCUCUCUCGUAAAAUCCCUCCCGUCCCUCCCUGUUUGCGGCGGCGGCGGUGUUCGAGUGGAGGCGUCGUGGCGGCGGCGAAUUGCUCGGGCGCAGAUCCACGAGUUCGAGGCGGUUGCUGGGAGACACUCUCCUAGUGCUAAAAUCCCGGUCUCUGACGUGAUCCGUGCGCUACUGGAGGCGUGGAUUGGGAGCUCGGCGAACAGGGCGACAUGACUGUAAGUUCUUGUACCACGGGUCGAUCUACAGGAAUUGAGAUGGCAGACACACGCGCCAAAGUGCAAAUCACAGUGGAUCGUCUGGAGAGUGAGGUGUCUGUACUGCGGACGGAGUUAGCAGAUCUCAAGGAACUUAAGAAGGAAGUAACUCAGAUCCGUGCUGAAAUGGUUACCAUGCCACGGGUUGAAGCCAAACUGACGGAUAUGAAUGCUGAAAUUCAGAAAACUCUGCAACUCAUCUUGCAGAACAUGUCCUUACAAAGUCAGAAAACAGAAGUGGUCACUCCUAGUGCACAGCCUCAAGGGAACACUAGCCUUUCAGUUCUUGGAGCACCACCUGUGAUUACUAUUACAGAUCCCACUGAUGUGUCACUCCCUCCUGUUACUAGAAACUUGGAGCAGGAAUUUACCAUCCAAGGUUCUGUGCCAAUGCGUAGCCUACAGGGAAUUACCUCAGCAUUACCAAAUGCCAGCCUUUUUACGGAGAGCACUAGAGUCAACAUUGACAAGCAGUCAACAAUUCCUAUGCAAAACCAAUUCAGACUAAAUCCUGCAAGCACAAGUGUAGCAGUACAGGCUCAUACACUGGGGUUUUCAGGGAAUAGUGGGUACUUUGCCCCAAUUAGUGCUCCAUUAUAUACUCCUCCUCACACUUAUAAUCCUGUUACUGGGCAAUAUAUUAACAUUUCCACGACUGGCUCUGCAGUACCACCAGUGUACCAAGCAGUGGGAAAUUUAUAUGAUGCCCAAAGAAAUCAGUAUGCCACACAACUAGGAGGUCCAUCUUACUUUGCAGAAGCAGUGUUGAAGGGCCCAAGGCUGGAAAUUCCACUGUUUAAUGGAGAAGAUCCUAUAGGUUGGCUCAUAGCCUGUGAGAAAUUCUUUGAUAUGUCAGGAACCCCAUAUGAUCAAUGGGUAAACCUAGCAACAGGUCACCUACAAGGAAGAGCUUCUAAUUGGCUGAAAAAUAUAUGUGUGCCCUGGCAAAUGGUAACAUGGCAGCAAUUCUGCCAAAUGAUCGCUGACACAUUCUCGGAAGCCAAUGUGCAUGAAGCAGUGGAAUUACUAAAAAACAUUCAACAGACAAAUACAGUAGCUCAAUAUAUAGAUAAUUUUGAGCAGUGUGUAGCUUUGGUCAAAAGAGAUCAUCCUUGUUUGCAAGAGAAUUUUCUGCUCAGCUGUUUCAUUGGUGGACUUAGAUCUGAUAUUAAACAUGAGGUGUGUGGUCAAAAACCUACAGGCAUUAUUUCAGCUUAUUGGUAUGCCAAAGUGUAUGAAAAAGCAGCAGCAGCCAGAAAAGUCCAGUCACACACAUCCUACAAACCAAGGGGAUAUCAAUCAAAUUACAAACAGUCAACUGCUCCUCUACAGGUACAAGUACCAGCACAGGAAAAAUAUACUGUGCCAUUUCGUAAGGAUGCAAGGGCUUGUUGGUAUUGCAGAGAACCUUGGUCAAGACAGCAUAAAUGCAAAAUUGGGAAGGCACUACACAUAUUACAAGAGUUGGAUGAUGAAGAGGACAGUGAUAGUGCAGAAGAAUGUCAGGCACAAGAACAGAUCUACCAUACUGCUCCAAAUACACCUGACAAGGAAAAAACAAAUGACAACACAAUAGAGAAAACUACACAAGCAAUGCAUAUCUCUACACAUGCUGCAGAAGGCACUUCAGGAGCAAACACAUUCUCCUUAAUCAUAGAGAUUGCAGGCAAAAGGGCUACAACUCUGUUUGACAGUGGAUCUCCGGACACAUUUAUGAGCAAAGCAUUUGCAAUAAAAAGUAACUGCCAUCAACAACCAAUACUGCCCAGGAAAGUAACUGUAGCAGGUGGGGGCAAGUUACUGUCCAUGUCUCAAGUACCUGUCAUGGAUUUUAAGGUACAAGGUCAUACAUUCUGCAGCAAAUUCAAGGUACUAGACUUAGUAGCCUAUGAUAUCAUCUUAGGAGCUGAUUGGAUAUAUCAGUACAGUCCUAUUUGUCUGGAUUUGGUGGAAAGGUUGUUGGUACUCACUAAGAAUGGUCAACCAAUAACACUGUUUGAUCAUACCAUCCCCAAGAAAAGGUGUCUGCUGUCAGCAGCCAAAAUGGAGAAGUUACUGCAGAAGGGAGUCAUGGGUUAUAUUCUCAAAGUGCAAGAAGUGGAAACAGAAAAUAACAAAGUUCCUACUCCUCCUCCUACAGCUUUACAACCUCUUCUUCAGAAGUUUGCUGACAUUUUUGAAGAAUCUCAGAAACUACCUCCCAAAAGAAGCUGUGAUCACAGAAUUAUCUUGCAAGAAGGAGCUAAACCACCAAAUUUAAGACCUUAUAGAGUUCCUCAUUAUCAGAAAGCUGCUAUGGAAGAGAUCAUCAAACAACUCAUUAAAAAGGGAGAAAUACAAGAAAGUUUCAGCCCUUUUUCCUCACCAGCUAUUAUGGUCAGAAAAAAAGAUGGAGGAUGGAGACUCUGUGUGGAUUACAGAGAACUCAAUGCACUGACUAUUAAAAACAAGUUUCCAAUGCCUAUCAUUGAAGACUUGCUGGAUGAGCUGUAUGGAGCCAAAGUUUUCUCCAAGCUUGAUUUGAGGUCUGGAUACCACCAAAUCAGAAUGGCCCCUGAAGAUAUUCCUAAAACAGCAUUUAGAACACAUAUGGGCCACUAUGAGUUCACUGUAGUGCCUUUUGGGUUAUCUUGUGGUCCUGGCACAUUUCAGGGUCUGAUGAACAGUGUAUGUGAUGAAAUCAAUGAACCUGAGCAGGAGAAAUUCAUUUUAGUUUUCUUCGAUGAUAUACUCAUUUUCAGCAAAUCUUUAGAGGAGCAUUAUAGCCACUUAGAAAGGACAUUUGCAACAUUGAGAAAGCAUGAACUGUAUGUUAAACUGACAAAGUGCACAUUUGCCACAGAACAAGUAUCUUAUCUGGGUCACCUUAUUUCUGCCCAAGGAGUGUCAACUGAUCCAGAGAAGAUAAAAGCAGUCCAGGAGUGGCCAGAGCCUGAGAAUACAACCAAGUUAAGGGGAUUCUUGGGAUUAACAGGUUACUAUGGAAGGUUUGUCAAAGAUUAUGGAAAAAUUUGUUGACCUCUGCAUGAUAUGCUGAAGAAAGAUGGGUUUCAAUGGGGUACUGCUCAAACACAAGCUUUUCAACAAUUAAAAAGAGCUAUGACCACCUGCCCUGUAUUAGCACUACCAGACUUCACUGUACCUUUCACCAUUGAAGCGGAUGCUUGUGCAAAAGGAUUGGGAGCUGUACUCAUGCAAAAAGGAAGGCCAAUUGCAUUUCUCAGCAAAAGUCUGGGGCCAAAAUCUGCAGCACAAUCAAUAUAUGAAAAAGAAGCCAUGGCAAUUUUAGAAGCAUUAAAAAAAUGGAGACAUUAUGUUUGGGGAAACAAAUUGAUCAUUAAGACAGAUCAACAUUCCCUAAAAUAUAUGACAACUCAGAGGCUGACUGAAGGAGUUCAACACAAAUUGUUGUUGAAAUUGCUCGAAUAUGAUUACACCAUUGAGUACAAGAAGGGGAAAGAAAAUGUAGUGGCUGAUGCUCUUUCAAGGAGGGAUACACUUCACUCUAUACACAGUCAGAACACUACUAUCAUUAUCCCUGAGUGGACUGAAGAUGUGCUUCAAAGCUAUCAAGGAGAUAAGGAUAGUGAUAAACUGCUGAAGAAGGUGGCUGCUGAUACAGAAGAAACCCCAAAAUUUUCUACGCACAAUGGACUCCUGAAAUACAAGAACAUAAUUUAUGUGGGUGCUAGCACUGAGUUCAGAAAGCAACUCUUACAAACUUUUCAUUCUUCUGCUCUUGGAGGUCAUUCUGGAAGUAAAGCUACUUAUUACAGAAUCAAGAAGGUUUUCUAUUGGCCCAAUAUGAAGAAACAGAUAGAAGAGUUUGUCAGCCAGUGUCCUGUGUGUCAGUUAAACAAGGUGGAACACAUACACCCUCCGGGGUUACUACAACCUCUUCCAAUACCUGACAUGGCUUGAGCUCACAUAACAAUGGAUUUCAUCUCUGCACUUCCCAACUCGCAAGGCAAAGAGGUGAUUCUGGUAGUAGUAGACAGGCUGACCAAAUACGCUCACUUCAUUCCACUGGCUCAUCCCUACUCAGUUAUGACCGUCUUUGAGGCACUGAUGGACAAUGUCAUUAAACUGCAUGGGCUUCCUGUUUGCGUUGUAUCUGACAGAGAUGCUAUUUUCACCAGCUCUCUGUACCAGGAACUAUUUUCAGCCUUUGGAGUGCAAAUCAGAUUCAGGACCGCAUCACACCCUCAGACCGAUGGACAAACAGAGCGAGUGAAUCAGUGUCCCGAAGCAUAUUUAAGAGGCAUGGUUUUUCAAGAGCCGAAGAAGUGGAUGAAAUGGCUACCACUAGCAGAACUUUGGUACAAUACGAGUUACCAUUCUUCACUGAAAUGCACUCCAUUCCAAGCACUUUAUGGAUACAAACCACCCCAAAUUGGAGAAUAUUCUGUGGAACCCGCCUUAUCUCCAGAAGCAAGGAUGACAAUUUCUGAGAGAGAGCACAUGAUGCAAAGGUUGAAGGCAAAUUUGAAACAUGCUCAAAACAGGAUCAAAUACUUUGCUGACAGAAAAAGAACAGAAAGAGAAUACCAAGUGGGAGACAUGGUAUAUCUCAAGAUACAACCUUACAGACAGAAUGCAUUUGGUUUAAGAGGAUCUCUGAAACUAAGAUCAAAGUUUUAUGGCCCUUACAAGAUUCUGGAAAGAGUUGGGGAAGUGUCAUACAAGCUACAGCUCCCAGAAGGUACCAAUAUCCAUCCAGUUUUCCACAUCAGUCAGUUGAAGAAACAUGUGGGGCAUCAAGCUGUACCUCUGCCUCAUGUGCCCCUGGUCACACCAGAAGGUUAUAUCAAAACGAUACCAGUCGCUGUCCUAGACCGCAGAAUCAUUCAAAGGAACAAAACACCAGUUGGUCAAUGUUUGGUCCAAUGGGAGAGUCUGGCACCGGAUGAUGCCACCUGGGAGGAUGCAGCAUUCUUGAACAAGACAUUUCCGGGGCAUAAGCUUUUUCGCCUCGAGGACAAGGCGAUCGUCAUGGCGGCGGCAUUGUCAGGCCCUGAACCUCGCGCAUACUGAAGAACAAGCACCAGAUCAAGUUCAGACAAGCAAUGGCUAGGAUGAAGCGAUGACGUUUCGGAGAAAUCAACGGCUCGGAUGAAUCCUCGCCUUUUACCAGUAGUUUUAAACUCUGUACUGCUUUGUAACCGUUUAACGACAGUAACAGAAAGUUACAGCGAGGAGCUGGACUAGUAUAAGAGAACCAGGUCGCGUGAGGGAGAGGCUAAGAUGUAAUUCCCCAUUUCUAGUCAAGAUAGAACCCUAGCUAUGUACGGCAAGACGGGGUAUCUCCCCUCUUGAUCUACCUCUUGUAUCCGAAUUCCUCCAUGAAAUCCAACUUAAUAUCCUGAAUCCUCA